AGAAAAUUCAACUCAAAGGCCGGUCAUACAUACUCCAAUCAAAACGACACCGUCAAGGUUCUUAGUACAGGCACUGCCAUCCAUCACCGUCAAUAUCCAACUUUUUCCUCUUUUACAUUUCUCAGAUCUUUUUUAGGGUUUCACUCUCCCCGCUGCUUUUCUUUAUGCAUUCGUGAUGGUGAAAGCAUAUGCGCAAGAGCACAUUUACAAACAUCCGUGGGAGCGAGUAACUUCUGCAUCUUGGCGUAAGUUCGCUGACCCUGAAAACAAGCGUACCUUGUCUCAUAUUCUAGAAGUUGACACAUUGAAUCGCAAACUCGAUCCUCUCUCCGGUAAGCUUUACACUACUCGGGCUCUUACCAUCCAUGCUCCAGGGCCAUGGUUUGUUCGCAAAAUCGUUGGCCAGGACAUCUGCCACUGUGUUGAAUCAACAGUGGUUGAUGCCCAAUCAAAGUCAAUGCAACUUGCAACCCGUAAUGUCAGUCUUCAGAAGUUUAUAGAGGUAGAGGAGAAGAUAAGGUAUGAUCCUCACCCAGAUAAUCCAACAGGAUGGACCAUUUGUCGACAGGAGACUAGCAUUCGUAUUAAGCCAUUAUCAGCUCUGGCAUCCAUGGCUGAGAAAGUGGAGCAACGAUGUGCUGAGAGGUUUAUGCAAAAUAGUGUGAAGGGAAGAGAGGUUAUGGAGAGGAUCUGCAAGUAUCUUGAAGCUGAAUCUAGUGGGAUGGCUCUAUAACUCUGACUUUGUGCACUUGAAGCUUUAAUUGCUUCUCUUACAGAUUAGGAAAUAAGUAACACAAGAAUGCCAAGUUUAACUUUAAUUUUGAAUGCCCUUUUUGGACUUGGUGCAAAUUUUGAUGUAGUCCGUAUCUAGUCUCCUACUAUAGAAGUUUAUGAUAUUAUAAAUGCGGCGGAGCAUUUUGCGGAUAGAA